UAAGCCGAGUGCUAGUUUGGAGAGCUGCCGAAUCGGCGGCGGCAGCGUCUGGAGGGAGGGAGGUGGCAUUCAGCUCAAACAUUAGCCCCCACCCGGGCAGCCUUGUCUCCGGAGACCUGCUGAGAACUGGCUGGCUUACAGAGAGGUGAAUCCUUAGAGAGGAGUGACUCCAUAGAACUCAGGCUGGCCCUGUAUGUGCGUGUGCUGUGUGGAGGGAGACAGGCUUAAGGUUAAAAACAAAAGCCUGAGACCAGCCUGACAGUGGACAUAGCAGGGCUGCCUGUUUUGUUGCUUCGGUCUGUCCUCAUCUGGAGUGAGUCACUGCCACUUGUCAUGGUGAAAUGGCAAAUCUGGGCUUCCUGUGGUUCCAAAAGUCUGUGACUGGAAAUCCACAAGUGAGCUGGUGGUUAGGGCUCAGCCCAAGUAUUCCAGAAGAGGUUUGUGGAUCUCUUCCGUGGGGAAGCGGGAGAAAGUUAGUAAAUAAACUUCACGUGUCUUCGGCAUUUGUUUUCAAAAGAGACUGUUCAUUGAACUUGGGUGAGGUUCAAGUGAAAUCUGUUUCCUCACUCUGAAUUCGGAUGGGCUCAGGAAGAAACCGGCUCUUCUGUCUUUUUCUGUCCUCUCUCUUUCCCCAUUUCCUACCCCGGACCCACUCACUCACACGCACGUAUUAACCUUGAAACUGAUGAGGCUGGCUGACUGGCACUGGGACCACAGAGAAACAGCUGAGUGGUCACAGCCUCCAGGAAGCCUUUCAUUGUAGAGUGCUCAUUUGUUUUAAAGCAAAAUUUUGGACUGUGAAGCAAGGCAUUGGGCGAAGACAACAUGGCCUCACCGGCUGACAGCUGUAUCCAGUUCACCCGCCAUGCGAGUGAUGUUCUCCUUAACCUUAAUCGCCUCCGGAGUCGGGACAUCUUGACUGACGUCGUCAUUGUGGUGAGCCGUGAGCAGUUCAGAGCCCAUAAGACAGUGCUCAUGGCCUGCAGUGGCCUGUUCUACAGCAUCUUCACCGACCAGUUGAAAUGCAACCUUAGUGUCAUCAAUCUGGAUCCUGAGAUCAACCCUGAGGGGUUUUGUAUCCUCUUGGACUUCAUGUACACGUCAAGACUCAACCUGCGGGAAGGCAACAUCAUGGCUGUGAUGGCUACAGCCAUGUACCUGCAGAUGGAACAUGUCGUGGACACAUGCAGGAAGUUCAUCAAGGCCAGUGAAGCAGAAAUGGUCCCUGCACUUAAGCCUCCCCGAGAAGAGUUCCUGAACAGCCGGAUGCUGAUGCCCCAUGACAUCAUGGCCUACAGAGGUCGUGAGGUUGUGGAGAACAAUCUGCCUUUGAGAAAUACUCCUGGGUGUGAGAGCAGAGCCUUUGCCCCUAGCCUGUACAGUGGCCUGUCGACACCACCAGCCUCGUAUCCUAUGUACAGCCAUCUCCCACUCAGCAGCUUCCUUUUCUCUGAUGAGGAGCUACGAGAUGCCCACGCCCGCAUGCCUGUGGCCAACCCCUUUCCCAAGGAACGGACCCUCUCCUGUGACAGUGCCAGGCCAGUCCCCAGUGAGUAUAGCAGGCCGGCCAUGGAGGUGUCCCCCAGCUUCUGCCACAGCAGCAUCUACUCACCCAAGGAGGCAGUCCCCGAGGAAGCACGGAGUGAUAUGCACUACAGUGUGGCUGAGGGCCCCAAGCCAGCUGCCCCUUCUGCCCGGAAUGCCUCGUACUUCCCCUGUGACAAGGCCAGCAAAGAAGAAGAGAGACCCUCUUCAGAGGAUGAAAUAGCCCUGCAUUUUGAGCCCCACAAUGCACCCUUGAACCGGAAGGGUCUGGUUAGUCCCCAGAGUCCUCAGAAAUCCGACUGCCAGCCCAACUCACCCACAGAGUCCUGCAGUAGCAAGAACGCAUGCAUCCUUCAGGCCUCCGGCUCCCCUCCAGCCAAGAGCCCCACUGAUCCUAAAGCCUGCAACUGGAAGAAGUAUAAGUUCAUUGUGCUCAACAACCUCAACCAGAAUGCCAAACCGGAGGGCUCUGAGCAGGCAGAGCUGGGCCGUCUGUCCCCUCGAGCCUACCCUGCCCCGUCUGCCUGCCAGCCACCCAUGGAGCCUGAGAACCUUGGUCUCCAGUCCCCAACCAAGCUGAGUGCCAGUGGGGAGGACUCUACCAUCCCCCAAGCUAGCCGGCUCAAUAACAUCGUUAACAGGUCCCUGACAGGCUCCCCCCGAAGCAGCAGCGAGAGCCACUCACCACUUUACAUGCACCCCCCAAAGUGCACGUCCUGUGGCUCUCAGUCCCCGCAGCAUACAGAGAUGUGCCUCCACACUGCUGGCCCCACGUUCCCCGAGGAGAUGGGAGAGACCCAGUCGGAAUAUUCGGAUUCUAGCUGUGAGAAUGGGGCCUUCUUCUGCAAUGAAUGUGACUGCCGCUUCUCCGAGGAGGCCUCGCUCAAGAGGCACACACUGCAGACGCACAGCGACAAACCCUACAAAUGUGACCGCUGCCAGGCCUCCUUCCGCUACAAAGGCAACCUCGCCAGCCACAAGACCGUCCACACGGGUGAGAAGCCCUAUCGCUGUAACAUUUGUGGAGCGCAGUUCAAUCGGCCAGCCAACCUGAAGACCCACACUCGAAUUCACUCUGGAGAAAAGCCCUACAAGUGUGAGACCUGUGGGGCCAGGUUUGUGCAGGUGGCCCACUUGCGUGCCCAUGUGCUCAUCCACACUGGAGAGAAGCCGUAUCCCUGUGAAAUCUGCGGCACUCGCUUCAGGCACCUUCAGACUCUAAAGAGCCACCUGCGCAUCCACACAGGAGAGAAACCUUACCAUUGUGAGAAGUGUAACCUACAUUUUCGUCACAAAAGUCAACUGCGACUUCACCUGCGCCAGAAGCACGGCGCCAUCACCAACACCAAGGUGCAAUACCGCGUGUCGGCCGCUGACCUGCCUCCGGAGCUCCCCAAAGCCUGCUGAAGCAUGGAGUGUUGACUCUCCCUAGCCCUUUCUCUCAGAACCUCCCCAAAGGAUGCUGUAACACUUUACAAAGGUCAUCCCAUGAUGUAGUGCCUCUCUCAUCCACUAGUGCGAAUCAUAGUUGGGGUGGGGGGUGGGGGUGGGGCUUGCGGACCGGGAGCCAAGGCAGCUCCCCUUCCCACACUGCCAUAAAACAUUAAGAAAAUACUAUUGCUUCUUCUCCUAUGUGUAAGACAAACCAUGUCAGCAAAAAGCAAAAUCAUUUUCUGUAUCAAAGUAGGGAAGAAUGCAAAAGUUCUGACGUGACAGGUUGCAACAUGAGGAAUGUAAACGUUCUGUGGGAACAGAAAUCUCUUUUGUAUGUAAAUGUAUUGUUUUAAAAGACAAGACUUCAGUAUGUUGUCAAAGAGAGGGCUUUAAUUUUUUUAACCAAAGGUGAAGGAAUAUAUGGCAGAGUUGUAAAUAUAUAAAUAUAUAUAUAUAAUAUAAAUAUAUAAACCUAAAAAGAUAUAUUGAAAAUAUAAAACUGCGUUAAAGGCUCGAUUUUGUAUCUGCAGGCAGACACGGAUCUGAGAAUCUUUAUUGAGAAAGAGCACUUAAGAGAAUAUUUUAAGUAUUGCGUCUGUAUAAGUAAGAAAAUAUUUUGUCUAAAAUGCCUCAGUGUAUUUGUAUUUUUUUGCAAGUGAAGGUUUACAAUUUACAAAGUGUGUAUUAAAAACAAAAAAAGAACAAAAAAAAGCUGCAGAAGGAGAAAUGUAUACUUUUGUUCUAGUUUUCAGUUUGUAUAUACCUGUAACGUGUCCUCACGGUGCCUUUUUUCACGGAAGUUUUCCAUGAUGGACGGACGUGCGCCAUCCCUUUUGGAAGUGUUGGCAGACACAGGGACCUGAAGCCGUCACUGACUCAAGUCUCUUUGGGAAUGUUUGGCUCCUCCCACAUUCUGCAUCAUGCUUGUUCUUAUAAUUACUCCGGAGACAGGGUUUGGCUGUGUCUAAACUGCAUUAUUGCGUUGUAAAAUAUAGCUGUACAAAUAUAAGAAUAAAACGUUGAAAAGUCAAA